AUGGGGCUCGUAGGUUCCUUGGGCGACCACAAGGCACCUGGUCACGAUGUUAUCAGUAACACUCUGAUGAAAAUAAUUGCACCGUAUUUGAUAGAGCCCUUUGUUGACUUGGUCAAUUCCUGUUUAUCGCAGGGUUUUGUCCCCCACCAUUUCAAGAUCUCAUUGAUAACUCCAAUCCACAAAGGAGGUCAUAAAAGCGACCCAGGUAACUAUAGACCGAUUUCUACCAUAUCUGUGCUCGCGAAGUUGUUCGAAAAAGUACUUUGCUCGAGGUUAGUAAAGUACCUGGAUAAGUACAGGAUUCUCUCUGAGUUGCAGUUUGAUUUUAGGCAGGGAAGGUCAACUGCGGAUGCACUGAAUGUCCUCAUGGAGAGUCUAUAUGGUGCUGUUGACAACGCUAAAAUAAUCUCAUUUGCUGAUGACACAUGUCUUGUAUUUGAACAGAGUUCAUGGGAGGAGGUUAAAAAUAAGACCAUAACUGAUUUGAACACUGUGAAAAGGUGGUUUGAUUGGAACAUGCUCUCGGUGAAUAUGAAGAAGACACACUUUCUGCCCAUUUCUUUGACUAUUAACUCAUUGCCUGAUUAUGACUAUCUUUGUUUCGAUGGUGACAGGAUCAAUCGCGUAGAGUUUACUAGGUAUCUUGGAGUCUAUGUUGACUGUCACCCCAGGUGGGAUAUUCACAGUGUAGAGUUGCACAAAAGAUUGAGGAAAAUUUUAUAUAAGAUCCGCAUAGCGAGGGAAAUCUUGCCAUGGGAUAUGCGUUAUACCGUGUACUACGCCCUUUUACAGUCGGUCCACCAGUAUGGUAUUAGUGCCUGGGGUGAUCUUGUGGGAAGAUAUUACCUCAUUAUUGAGAGAGCGCAGAAACGGUUAUUAAAGGUUCUCUUUGAAAAGCCUAUCCUAUUUUCAACGGAGAUGUUGUUCCGGGAGCUGAGGAUUCUUGAUCCCAGACAACUUUAUUUGGAGACUUUGAUAACCUCUAUUUCGAAACAGGCUUGA